GCAAAAAUUAAACAUUAGAGAAGCGAUAACUUAUAUUGCAAAAUCAUGGGAUGAAGUCAAAACAUCAACAAUUGUUAAUUGUUGGGUAAAAACUGAAAUUCUUCCAGAAUUAUUUGGUGAUAAAAUUGAAGAUGCUACUUUUGCCCUUUUCAACAAUUUAAAUAAUUCUCAAAUACUUAUAGAGAAUACUCUUAACAAAAUGCAAAUUGUAAAUAUUGUGCUAGAUGAACAACAAGAAUGUGAAGAAGGUGAUACAAGUGAUACAAACAAUAAACUAUCUGAAGUUCCUGUUGUAAAGAGAUUAAAUGGUUUAAAAAAAUUUGUUGCCUUUUUUGAGCAACAAAAAAAUAAUAAUUUUAAUAUAGAAGAUUUGAGGGUUUUUAGGAAAUAUAUGUUAUUAAUGGGGAGAAAAUAUAUAGAAUUAGUGAAGCAAAAAUCAAUUUCUAACUUUUUCUUACCUAUAUAA